AUGGCGUCGAUGGCAACUCGUGGCUUGGCCCGCUGGCAGAACGUUCUUAGGCCCGAAGUGUGCAGGGCACUGCGGGCCGAGGCAAUCACAAUGCUCCAAGAGGUGUCCAGGCCGAGCUUGAGGGCCGUGUGGCACAACUUGCAGCGCUGGCUCUUGGAUCCGAUCCGUGAACCGAAGGCACGGCACAUCCUGCGAACGCCGCUGACGCGCUGCGUGCGCGAUGGCCUUGAGCCUUUGGCGCUGCUGGCAGCUGAGCUCGGCCUUCGGCCGAGUGCCAGGCUGGUGGAGCUGAACUUUACCAUAAGUCUGCCGGGCGCACCAGCUCAGCAGCCACACAGCGACAUCUCACCAAUGCAGUCGUUGCCACGCAUUAUCACCUUCUGGGCUGCUUUGCAAGACAUUGACUUGUCAAUGGGCCCCACUGCGAUAUGGCCAGGCUCCCAUGUGCUUGCCAAGGACUUUAUCAGCAGCUUGCCUGAAGAGCUUCAAAAGCCAAGACAAGUGCCUGAGUACAUAUAUGUGGAGGGUGAGCUCCAGGCCGUUUCUCGCUUGGGGCAGCCCAUUGGAGAAGAAGAGCUUGAGGAAGAAAGGCGGCAGUCCGCGGAGGCGGCGGAGCAGCUGUUGCAGGUGAUCACCCGGACGCCCCCGGAAUUCAUGUCAAUGGAGGUUGGUGAUGUGGUGGCAAUGGACUGCAGGGUUUUCCAUCAGGGUGGUGCCAACAUCUCCUCGAAGACCCGAGUACUCUUCAAUGCUUCUUUUCAGUUGGACGAGAAUUACGACGACAGUCUUUCUUGCGGCAACCAAACAGUGAGCCCAAAGAUUCAUGGCUUCACAUACCACAGUUUGCCCGAAGUCUUGCAAGCAAACUAUCGCAUCAGUGAUUUCACCGAUCCUGAAAGCCUGCGAAUUUGCACAAAAGGCCUCUUCCUGCAGUGCACGGGCGAGCGAGAGCUCAAGGCAGAAAUUCGGGCAGCCCAGCGCUUGUUGCUUGAGGUAGCUGAGAGUGCUCGUCACAUCUCACCUGAGCGGCUCACCGCGACACAGCUCUCAAGUCUAAAGGCGGCUCCGCCUGAGCCAGCGUCCCUCCCAGCUCUACCGGGCUUUGGCAGCCAGGGUUCUGGUGAUUCCAUGGGAGUCCAGCUGGAUGUCGGCACCUUGACCGUGCACCAAGAUGCUGUGGAGUGGAAUGUUCCUGGAGUUCGUGCUCGCGCACGAUUGGGUACGGUACCUCCGCUCAUCUCUGAAGCCUUCGAAGUGGAGCGCUUUCCAGACAUCAAGGCCUUGCGGCUGAAGAUCUUCCCUUUGGGUUCGCGCCGGCGAACCAAGCCUGGCCAUUGCUCUUUGUAUCUCACUGGGCCGCAAGGUGCACAUCUUCAAUUUAUGCUGCGCAUGGGCUCUGUGGAGCAUGGCCCUUUGGAGUGCAUUUUUGACCGACCGGAGAAGGACAGCGGUCGCCAUGAUUUUUGCGUUUUGGAAGAUGAACUGGAGGUAGACGGCAGUGCUCUGGUCCACUUGACUGUACUACGGGCUGAUUUGGUGGCCGCAGGGACAUGA